AUGCGUCUAGACGUCAAGAGGCAGCUAUUUGCGCGGUCUGAGAGGGUCAAAGGGAUUGACUUUCACCCUACCGAGCCAUGGAUUCUUACGACACUAUACAGCGGACAUGUUCACAUAUGGUCCUAUGUCUCGCAAUCGAUCGUCAAGACAUUCGAGCUCUGCGAUGUACCUGUCCGAGCAGGUCGCUUCAUUGCCCGGAAGAACUGGAUAGUCGCUGGCUCGGACGACUUUAGGCUGCGCGUCUACAAUUACAACACUUCCGAGAAGGUUACGGAAUUCGAAGCACACCCCGAUUACAUUCGUGCGAUUGCUGUGCACCCCACACAACCCUUUGUCCUUACCGCGAGCGAUGAUAUGACAAUCAAGCUGUGGGAUUGGGACAAAUCAUGGAAAUGUGUACAGGUAUUCGAAGGCCACGGACACUAUGUUAUGGGCAUUGCGAUCAACCCAAAGGAUCCCAACACAUUUGCUUCAGCGUGUCUGGACAGAACAGUCAAGAUAUGGUCGCUGGGUAGCUCAACGCCAAACUUCACGCUCGAGGCGCACGAAGCCAAGGGUGUGAAUUUCAUCGAUUACUACCCUCAAUCCGACAAGCCAUACCUCCUCACCACAUCGGACGACCGAACCGUCAAGGUGUGGGACUACACAACGAAGGCUCUCAUCGCCACUUUGGAAGGCCAUACCUCAAACGUCAGCUUCGCGGUCUACCACCCGGAACUUCCAGUUAUUAUCUCCGGAUCUGAAGACGGUACCAUCAAGAUCUGGCAUUCAUCAACGUACAGAUUAGAACAAUCGUUGAACUAUGGUUUGGAACGCGCAUGGUGCGUAGCGUACCAGAGAGGCAAAAACGGCGUGGCGCUGGGGUUUGAUGACGGCGCAGUGGUUAUCUCCAUGGGCCGAGAAGAGCCAGCGGUCAGCAUGGACGCUGGAGGAAAGCUACUCUGGGCAAGACACAACGAAAUCCUCACCGCUGUGAUUAAAGGAAACGAAAGCUUGAAGGACUCUGAACGGCUCACCCUCCCGAACAAGGAUCUUGGUUCAACCGAAAUAUAUCCCCAAUCGCUCCUUCAUUCUCCGAAUGGCCGCUUCGUCGCUGUAUGCGGUGACGGUGAAUACAUCAUCUAUACUGCACUAGCGCUCCGAAAUCAAGCCUUCGGCUCAGCAUUGGAUUUCGUCUGGGCUUCCAAAGAGCACGAUAAGGACUACGCUAUUCGAGAGUCAUCCACUAGUGUCAAGACUUUCCGCAACUUCAAGGAGCGAAGUGUACUCAACGUAGGCUUCUCUGCCGAUGGUCUCAGCGGUGGAGUGUUGCUCGGUGUAAAAGGACAGGGUGGCAUUGGCUUUUUCGACUGGGACAGCGGCGCUCUGGUACGCAGAAUCGAGGUCGAGCCGAAGAGCGUUUACUGGUCGGAGAGUGGCGAAUUGGUCACCCUUGCAACAGAUGACACUUUCUACGUCCUCCGAUACUCCCGAGAGAACUACCUAGAGGCUGUACAGAACGGUGAGGUUGAUGAGGACGGCGCAGAGUCAGCUUUCGAAGUUGUGUGCGAUAUCAAUGAGAGCGUCCGUACCGGUACCUGGGUAGGAGACUGCUUCAUCUACACUAACAGUACGAACCGACUGAACUAUCUUGUGGGUGACCAGACCUACACUAUUUCACACUUCGAUGCGCCACACUACGUUCUUGGAUACCUUCCCCGUGACUCGAGGAUAUACAUCGCCGAUAAAGAUGUCAAUGUGGUGUCUUUCGCACUUUCUCUUGCUGUGGUUGAGUACCAGACUCUCGUAUUGCGUGGCGAUCUUGAGGCGGCUGAGGAAGUUCUGCCGUCAGUACCAAAGGACCAGAACAACAAGAUUGCGAGGUUCCUCGAGGGUCAAGGCUACAAGGAGCUCGCACUUAAGGUUGCCACAGACCCAGAACACCGCUUCGAUCUUGCCCUGUCAUUGGGAGACCUUCAGCAGGCCGUAACCAUCACCCGCGAGCAGGAUACAGAGCACAAGUGGAAGACAGUUGGAGACGCUGCUCUGAGCGCUUGGGAUAUCACCCUGGCGCAAGAGUGCUUCGUGAAGGCGAAGGAUUUCGGUUCAUUACUGCUUGUCUACUCCGCUACAUCGGACACUGACGGUCUCCGCGAACUCGCUUCCCUUGCUGAAACGGCAACCGCCAACAAUGUAGCAUUUUCCGCUCUGUGGCAGGUGGGCGAUAUACAAGGUAGCAUCGAUCUGCUCGUCAAGACCAACCGGCUGGCCGAAGCUGUCCUCUUCUCGCAAACGUACAAGCCCAGCGCGACGGCUGGGCUAGUCAAGCAGUGGAAGACUAGCUUAGAGAAAGAGGGCAAGAGCAAGGUUGGCCGGUUGCUCGGGCAGCCGCCGAGCGGGGACGAGGGCGACGGGGAGAUGUUUCCUGAGUGGGAAGAGUACUUGCGGUUGGAGAAGGAGGGCGGUACAGUAGAGGACCUCCCGGCGGGUGAGGCAGAGGUGGAAGAGGAUGCGGAUGGCGUUGAGGAGGAGAUUGCUGAUGACGCGGAGGACGAAGAAGAGGACGAAGAGGAUGAGGAGUAG